AUGGGUCUGCAUGAAGAUGAGGACCGCAAGUAUGCGGAGGAUGUCCAGGCCGUCCAGAACUGGUGGAAGGACUCUCGGUGGCGCUUCACCAAGCGUCCCUUCACUGCUGAGCAGAUUGUCGCCAAACGCGGUAAUCUGAAGAUCGACUACCCCUCCGGUGUCCAGGCCAAGAAGCUCUGGGGUAUCCUCGAGGAGAACUGGAAGACCAAGCAGGCGAGCUACACCUAUGGCUGCCUCGAGCCCACUAUGAUCACCCAAAUGUGCAAGUUCCUUGACACCAUCUACGUCUCCGGCUGGCAGAGCUCGUCCACUGCCUCGUCGACUGAUGAGCCCUCCCCCGAUCUGGCAGACUACCCCAUGGACACUGUCCCGCGCAAGGUCAACCAGCUGUUCAUGGCACAGCUCUUCCAUGACCGGAAACAGCGCGAGGAGCGCAUCACCACCCCCAAAGACCAGCGCUCCAAGGUCGCCAAUGUGGACUACCUGCGGCCCAUCAUCGCAGAUGCCGACACCGGUCACGGUGGUCUGACUGCCGUCAUGAAGCUCACCAAGCUGUUCGUCGAACGCGGCGCGGCUGGUAUCCACAUUGAGGACCAGGCCCCCGGUACCAAGAAGUGCGGCCACAUGGCCGGCAAGGUGCUGGUCCCCAUCAGCGAGCACAUCAACCGUCUGGUUGCCAUCCGUGCCCAGGCCGAUAUCAUGGGCACCGAUCUCCUGGCCAUUGCGCGUACCGACUCUGAGGCCGCUACUCUCAUCACCUCCUCCAUCGACCACCGCGACCACGCCUUCAUUGUGGGCGCGACCAACCCCAACCUCCAACCCCUGAACGACCUGAUGGUCGCUGGCGAGCAGGCAGGCAAGAACGGCGCCGAGCUGCAGGCCAUUGAGGACCAGUGGACCGCCCAAGCUGGCCUCAAGCUCUUCGACGACGCUGUGAUCGACUCCAUCAACGGCGGCGUGCACGUCAAUAAGAAGGGGCUGAUCGAGCAGUACCUCAAGGCUGUGAAGGGCAAGAGCAACAGCGAAGCGCGCGCCAUUGCCAAGGGCAUCACCGGUGUCGACAUCUACUGGAACUGGGACGCCCCCCGGACCCGUGAGGGCUUCUACCGCUACCAGGGCGGCACCCAGUGCGCCGUCAACCGCGCCGUGGCCUACGCACCCUUUGCCGAUCUCAUCUGGAUGGAGAGCAAGCUGCCCGACUACAAGCAGGCGAAGGAGUUCGCUGACGGUGUGCACGCCGUCUGGCCCGAGCAGAAGCUUGCCUACAACCUGUCCCCCUCCUUCAACUGGAAGAAGGCCAUGCCCCGCGACGAGCAGGAGACCUACAUCAAGCGCCUGGGCCAGCUGGGCUACUGCUGGCAGUUCAUCACGCUGGCCGGUCUGCACACGACCGCGCUCAUCUCGCACCAGUUCGCCAAGGCGUAUGCCCAGAACGGCAUGCGCGCCUACGGCGAGCUGGUCCAGGAGCCCGAGAUGGAGCAGGGCGUCGACGUGGUCACCCACCAGAAAUGGAGUGGUGCCAACUACGUCGAUAACCUGCUUAAAAUGGUCUCGGGCGGUGUGAGCAGCACGGCGGCCAUGGGUAAGGGUGUGACCGAGGACCAGUUCAAGCACUGA